AUGUAAUUUAAAAAGAUUGCAUUUUUAUACUUAAAUAAUUAUAUUUUGAAAGUAAAUUAAAUUAAAAAAAAAAAAUAAAGAAAAAAAGAAAAAAAGAAUAAAAAAAAAAAAGUUAAAAUUUAAAACUAAAAAAUAAAGGUUCUAAUUAAAUGCUUUAUAAAUUCUCUCAAAAUAAUAUAAAUUAAAAUCAGUCUUAUGAAAAAGAUUAUUCUUAUUAAUAUUCUUUAGGGUUAUUACUAAAAGCAUUAUAAGAAGAAAACAUCUUCUGUAAUUAAGAAUCAUUAUAAUUAUUAUUAAAAGAUCUAAAUCUUAAAUAGUCAAGUAAUUAAGAAAAAGAAAUACCGGAAAAACUUUUAGAACUAUAUUAUUAAAACGAAUAAUUUUUAUUAAAUUAAAAAAGCGAAGAAUGGAAAAAAAAGAAUUAAAUAUUUUAAAAUAAAUCAAUUUAUAGAAUUUUUGUUAAUUUUUUAAAUAAAAUAAAAUAUAAAUAGGCUAGUUGUGUAUUUAAUGGAUAAUAAUAGCAAAAUAAUACUAUAAAAAACAAAGAAAUAUAUGAAAUUGAUUAAUAAAAAAUAUUUAGUUAAUUAAUCCCUUAGAUAGAAAUAAAAGAGAUGUAAUAAGUGUAAAAUUAAUUCAAAAAUAAUUAAGGUAAUUAUUUAUUAAAUUAAAAUUUUAGCAAUUAUGAUUUUCUUAAUUAUUAUUAUUAGAAUUUAUUUAAUGUUAAUUUAAAUAAUUAGUAUUUAAAUCCAAACAAUUUUACAACUUAAGAUUAAUUCUAGCAAUUCUAGAAUAGUUUAAAUUUUAAAACUUUACAAGAAUAAUAAUAAUUGCUUUAAUUAAACGGAAUUUAAAAAAAUAACGAAUAAAAUCCAAUGUAAAAUUAAGAAUAUUUAUAACAAAAUAAAUAAAAUAACUAAAUACCUAAUAAAUAUUAAAUCAAUAAUAAUUUCUAAUAAUAUUAAGAUUUUUAUAACCCUUAAAUCCUUUAAUUAGAUGAAAAAGAGUUAUAUAAACAAAAUCUUUUGCUAUAAAAAUAACCCUAAUUAUAUAUGUUAUAAAAUCCAAAUUAAAAUAAAUUACUCUAAUAAUUUUCUUCUGUUUAAGAUUUUAUAUAAAAAAUAAACUAGCCUAAUGAAUAUAAACAUAUAUCUAAUAAUUCUAGUAAUUCUUAACAAGAAUAAUAGAAUUAAAAUAAAAUUAUUGAAUAAAACAAAUAAAAAGGUAAAUAAAACGAAAACAAAAAUAAAUAUUAAGAUAAAUAAAAAGAUAAAAAAAACUAAUUAGAAAAUUAAAUUCAAAUAUAAAAAAAUAUUUCGCAAAAAUAAUAAUUAUUAUAAAAUAUUUUAUAAUAAACCUAAAUUAAACCAAUGUAAUUAUUACAAUAAUAAAAUAUUUAAUAAUAAUAAUAAAAUUAAAUACAUUCAUUAUAAAAUUAACAUAAAUUUUUAAAAAAUUGUAUUUGUUUUUAAAUAACUAAACCUUAAUUUGUUCUAUAAUAAUAAAAUUUAAAUUUUGUAUAUUGCUCAUAUGAAAAUUGCUAGUAAUAAUAUCAUGAUAUAUGUAUGA